CAUCGAUUCGUUGUUGUACGACUCGGGAGUACCAAUCGUGUUUCUGGUGAUUUUUGAUAUAGUUUUUCUGUACAUGUUUUAUUUUUUGUGAGUUGAAUUUCGCGUUCAAUAUAUCGCUCGAACCGUUUUCCGGUACGUAAAAGAAACGAUCCGUCGUAUUUCGAUCCGUCUCUGUGACAUCCCACCUCUAGUGUUGACCCAAGCUGGAUCCACCUAGUCAGUUCCUCCGAUCGAUUAAUCGACCGUCAGUGUGACGAUGGUUUCCAUGUCGCGUUUUCACAAGGUGUGAUACGUUUUUUGUUUCGUGUUAUUUUUUCGUUUCUAUCCGUUUUCGGUUGAGGUCGCCAUUUGGAGUACACAGCAGGCAGGCGAAAAAUCAUUGUGUGCAGUAUCUCUGUCGAGUUCGAGUCAGACAUAAAGCGGCGUGUUCCGGUUUUCUCGUAGUCGAUUCCCUGUGGGCAGCAUUGUCGAUUGCUCACCAAGUGAAAGUAUGAAUAAGUGAGUGUGGAGACCGCUUUGAAAAACGUGGUCCAACUUCGAUCGAGUGUCGUCGUUUUGCGAUUUAAUUUCGGCCUUCAGACCCGUUAGAUUAUUUGGUUCUUCCAUCGACCAGCUAAUUGACAUUCAAGGAUACCACCAUCGGUUGCUGUUUUUGUUCUAAAUCGUUUUAUUUGAUACCGCCAAGAUUCAACCAACAAGGAAAAUGCGUCCCCGUAUCGAGAGUUGCUCAAUUGGCGACGAUGCCAUGGAGAGCUGCGGUUACCUCCGGUUCACCGACGAAAGCAUGAAGUCCAACUUCCUGCAGAGCUUAAGCACCAUGCGUCGCCACCGGUUGUUUUGUGAUGUAAUACUUUUGGUCGGCAGCACGGAAAUCCAUGCCCACCGCAACGUGCUGGCCUGUGUCUCGCCCACUCUGAUGGAACUGUUCAGCUCGGAUGUUGGCAACCAGAACGGUGCCGCAAACGAAGGGAAGAUUCCCUGCUACAGGCUGAACGGUCACAUCACCACUCCUGGGUUAAAGUAUCUGGUUGAGUACGCUUAUACCGGCUCGCUGGAGUUACCCAAUGAUAUGAUACGCGAUGUGUAUCUGGCAGCCUGGCAGCUGAAGAUUGACACCGUAGUCAAGGAAUGUGCGCGUCACAUGGUGAACGAUCUGGAACCGGAAACGUGCAUCGAUACUCGCUCCUUACCGGGCAUCAACCGUAACAAGGCCUUUGUGCAGGAUGUUGAUGCCUACAUAGCGAAGAACUUUACGGAGAUUUCACUGCAACCGAGCUUCCUGCAGCUUCCAUGCAUCCUCAUUGAGGUGCUUUAUCAAACGAAGCUGGAAAUGUCCUUGGUCACGGAACCGUCUCUGUGUCGGUUAGUGGUCGAUUGGAUCCGUCGUCAAAUGAGUGAGGAGGGAAAUACGGUCCCGAACCUGAUGGAGCGUUCUCAUAUGCUGUACUUGGCGUUGGAUAACUCCUUGCAAGAUUGCUCCGAUCUGCCUCCUGGCCAGGAGUCGCAAAGUGAUCUGGUUCAGGAUUACAAGCGCUUGGUCCUGAAAUGUCCCAACAAUAAGAAGCACCGCAAAGGAUUGAAAACAGCGGGACGGCCCCGUGUUAUCCUCUACAAUCGGGACAUUGGUGAGUGCAACGAAGAUACGAGCAAAGAUUGCGAAUGGACUCUCAUCGCUAGCUCUAAGCUGGCCGAUCAUACAUUCAUCUCGUUGAUUACCUUGGACGGGAACCUUGCGCGCCUCUCGAUUCAGCUGCGUCUGAAUGUUUCAACAACGCCAUCACCGGUCAACACACCGGACACGAUCAGUUCCAGCGCUAGCAAGGAUGACUUGGACUUGGAUGAAUCGGUAAAACCGGAGCUGUUCCUCGAAGUCGCUACCAUGUCUGGACCCAAAUGUGGUUUGGGCGUGGCAGAACUGGAAGGUAAACUAUUCGUUUGUGGGGGCUACGAUCGAGCGGAGUGUUUGCGUUCCGUUGAGUCCUACUCUCCAGACACGAACAGCUGGACUCAGGAAUCUAACAUGGGUGAAGCCCGUGGACGGGUGCAGAUUGCAGUCAUUGAAGGAACGGUGUUCGCCGUUGGUGGUUGUAAUGGAACAACUGAACUGGAUACGGUGGAAUGCCUGUCCAAGCGAGACAAGAAGUGGAAAAAGAUUUGCAAAUUGCCACUAGCACGGAGCAAUGCCGGUGUUUGCGCUUUGGAUGGAAAGAUCUACUGCGUCGGCGGUUGGAACGGUCAAAGCGGUAUACGGCAGUGUGACUUGCUGAAGCCGGAGGAGAACAAGUGGUACUCGAUGGCACCGCUAAAUACCGGCCGCUACCAGGCCGGGGUGGCUUCGUACCGUGGAUCGCUGUGGGUAGCGGGCGGUAGCGAUGCAUGGAAUUGCCUGGGAUCGGUAGAACGAUACGAUCUAGGCAGUGAACAGUGGAUCUACGCACCGUCGCUGUUGACGCCAAGACGUGGGUGCGGUUUGGCCGAGUUCAACGGUAAGCUGUACGCCGUCGGUGGUAGUGACGGUUCCCAUUCGUUGAACAGUACCGAGUGUUACGAUGAAGUCAACAAGUGGUGGGUAGCGGGACCUAACCUGACUUCACCGCGAUCGAACGUCUCGGUUGCCGUGGUUCAGAAUCGGCUCUACGCAAUCGGAGGCUUUUCGGGAAAAACCUUCCUGAAUACCAUCGAAUACCUGGACGCAACCUCUAAUGAGUGGACCACUUUUGUGCAGCAGAGUAACCCGAACAUUGAUAACCUGUUGCAGACGUCGUUGCGUAACGGCCUCAACGGAAGAGCUGGAUCAUCGUCGACGUCCUCUUCGCCGGAUAAUCUGAGCGGACAAAACGAUAGAAGUGAGCAUACGUUCAAGCCAAUCCAAAUGGCCGAAGUAAAUUUAUACAAUUUGGAAAAGUCCAACGCAAAGGCUUCCUCGAAUGACAAGGAGGUGUCGCAGAUUUUAUCUGGAUCUGAGAGCUUAGGUCUGAAAAAGCUAGCAAUCGAUGAUGAAGACGACGAGGAUGAUCAGUCGAAUGGGAUAACUAAUGGUACAAACAAUGCAAACGAUAGCAGUAUUAAACUACAGAAAAUUUUAGCGAAAAAUUGUGCAGAAAUUGCUAACGGGAAUGGGCAUUCCAGCUAACUAACGGAGAGCACGGUGGCAGCUGUUGUGUUGGAGGAGGAGGAGGAUCAAGCCCAGCAGCAGCUGCAGCAGCCGUCUUCUUUGCUCUCAGUCUCGACGACCGAGUCUGAGCUGGACUGAGCAACAUCUUCAACCAUCUCGACACACAUACACGAUAUUUGAAUCCAAGCUGCAUGCGUACAUUGUGGAGGUGAUAUGACAGUUAUAACAAGAUUUCGCGAACUUUUUCUUUCAGUGAGGCACAUUAUAAUUAUACAAUAACAAACUCAAUAUAUUUGAUAUAAGUGAUCUUUUUUACUACAAUUAAGAUUGAAAUGAUAUGGUUUACUAUACUUCUACUAAAUAUAAUAUUGUAAUACUUGCAGCAUCAAGUUUGGCAGAAGUGAAAAAUUUGUAGUCUAACAUUAUUGUGGUAAAAGAAUUUUAGACAAGAACAUAAUGCAAAAAAAACUAGAUCAAUGGUGUCUUUUUUAAACGUCUUUUGAAUGGAUAAUAUGGCGAUCAGGGAGGAAUUGAAAGCUUGGGAAAACUGAUUCUUCUAAAAAGUUGAUAAACAGCUAGUAUGUUUUGAAACUACAUUUCAGCACUCCACAAUUCUCAUAGAAAACUAUUCAAACUCUGAAAAACACUAUCAAAUUUUGUUCAUUUUGGAAGAUUUUUCCAAUGGUAUUUUCGCUUUAAAAGGUUUUAAGAGGGCUGCAACUAUUCAAGAAAUUUUUUGGUCUUUAGACAUUCUCAUUAGCUUCAUCAGUUUUCCCAACGGAAAACGAACGUCGUAAAAGAGAAUGGCAUUGUAGAAAAAAAGUAAGAUACGAUGCCAACGAACAUGGUCCAUAUGUUUUUGUCAACUAUAAACUAAGUUCAAUUCAUACGUCUACAAAUACCGUAGCAUUCGCUAAAAACAAAAUCCAUGGAAAUUUUUAGAAACCUAGAAGUAUAAGAAACCUUUUACUACUAUUAAUAAAUAGUCUAUACAACAUCCAUGAACCGUAAAAUAUACUGAGCAGAAAAAAUGCACUAUUUCAAGAACGGUCAAACAGAAAGACAAAAUGAGUGCGACAUAUGGUCGCAUCUAUAUAAUUUAGGGAAUAAAUAUACAUUAAUGAAGACAAAUUCUACACAUCAUUAAGGAUUUAACUAAAACAUACUGUCUAGGUCUUAUGUCAUCUUCUUCACUGGAAGGAAACCUACAUUUCCAUUAAAAACGAAAAUAAAACAAUAUCUUAAGGAUCUUUGACUGCAGCACAGAUACCUAUGCGCAUUUCUUGAAAGGGGUGAGGGUCCCUCAUGAUGCCCCUUUGCAAAGUAUCCCACAACCACCGUAUAUGUUAUUUUUUUUUUCGCGAAUGGCAUUGGUUCCACGCUGGUUCGAAAUUUUGGAACAUUUUUCCACGACACUUUGGAAACAAAACCAAACCUUAAACGGAGCCUUUUUUAAGCCGGGAUGUAGCCGAAUACCUUUUUGAAAAUAGAGAUUUUCUUUAUAAGAAAGCAACAGCAACUAAGAGCAGCGUGAAAUCAAAUAUUUGCAUAUUUUAUGCACCGCUGGCACCUCUAUACACUAUUAUACACAAACUACAUUAAUAAUAUUACUUAAACCAUACUUUUGAACACCAUGCAAGAACAGGCAAGUUUAGUUACAUCACUGCUAGGUUUAAAUUCCUUGAUCAAUGUGCUAUACACCCUUAUUCUCGUUUACGUUCGAACCGUAGGUACAUCCCAUACAAAACAACAAAAUUACAGUUCGAACGAAAACGAGAAUAUGAGUGAUAAUCUACUGUUACGAAAUUCAAAUAUCUACUCUAAUUUUCAAACAAUUCUAAAUUAUUUGAAACUACCUACUUAUUGUGAUUCCAGUUUGAUUAUUUUCUCGUGUUUUUUUUUUCAAAUAAUUUUUCAACCUAAAUCGCAACGGCACAGUGGAGAAUAUAUAUGGAUAGAGCCCAAUCUGCCCAUCAAUCUUUUGCUGCACCUUAUCUCCUGUGCUAGUUAGUAGGGCUAAUACAUAUGAUUAUAUAAGUAAAACGAUGUGUUAACAUUUAAGAUGCAAAAUAAAUGGAAACAUAGCUGUUAAAACACGGCUAUGGGGGUUAAGUCAAAGAAAAAAAAAACAUGUUUGUGAAACACUUCAUCUGGAAGCUGUGGGAUCGUUGAAAUUGAAAAUAAAGUUUAAGAAAGUAA